AUGGUUUUCAAGGCAGCUCUGACGUUUUCCCUUCUCGGGCUUUCACUCUUUGCAUCAGCAGGGCCCUUGCAACAGCGGGAGGCGCUACUGGAUAUACUUGAAGCCGAUCUCGGUGGCAGCUUCAACGAAAUCGAGCAACUUGUUCAAGACAUUAUUGGCGGCGGCAAGCCUGCUACCGACAACAAUCAGACACCAAAGCCUUCCAAAUGUGAUCAGAGCAAAGACAAAUGCUGCGUGUGGUACGAUGUUUCUGCAGAGCUAACCAAGCUUUUUGUUGGGAAAGACAAGCAGUGCAACGACAAUGCUCGAGCAGCCGUCCGCAUGGGUUUCCAUGAUGCAGGGUCCUGGGACCAGAGCUCCAGCCAUGGCGGUGCUGAUGGAUCGCUGAUUAUGGAUUUUGGCGAGCAUGACCGUCGCGAAAACAAUGGUCUUCAAAAUGUACGCACACUGCUACGCGGGGUGCGAGACAAGUACAAGGUGGGAGCUGCCGAUCUUGUGCAAUACGCCCAUAACCACGCCACCGUCUCCUGUCCGAAAGGACCGCGUGUGCGUACCUUUGUUGGACGGUUGGAUGCCACCAAGGCCAAUCCGAAGGGCCUUCUGCCAGACACUCAUGACAACCCUGACAACCUGAUUGCUUUGUUCAAGAGAAAGGGCAUUUCUGAACGCGAGCUGGCAGCUUUGGUGGGUGCUCACGCAACAGCGCGUCAGCGCUUCGUCGAUACGUCAUCGGCAGCGGUCAACAAGCCCCUCGACUCUACUCCUGGUGUGUGGGAUGUGGAGUUCUACAAUGAUACGCUCAACAACCCUAUUGGUGCUACGGCUGAGCAAAAAGUCUUUGUCCUUCCCAGCGACAAAGCGCUGUCCCAACACCCCAAGACUAGUGGCGAUUGGCGCAGAUUUGUCGGAAACCAGGGCGGGUGGAACGCAGACUAUGCUCGAGCUUACAUCAAGGUGAGCCUGUUCGGGGUCAAGCAGGAGCAGUUGGCUAAGAUGGUAGACUGUACCCAGACGCUGCCUCUUAGCCGAGACAUAUUCCCUUAG